AUUCUGCAUUGCCCGCAAUUUCUUCUCACAACGAAACAACACUGAAAAUCACUAAUUAAAAAUACUACAGAACACUUAUUACUCUUCAAAUAGUUGAAAAUAAGUUAUGUUUACCUCAGAGGGGCCCCCUGUUUAUUUAUAAAUAUAUCUAAAUUUCUGUAACCCGUGCAUAAAAUGAAAUUUGUUGUACUACUGCAGGAAACGAACAAGCAUUGACUAAAUUAGUCAAAACAUGGUGUUGCGAAUUGUGACUUUUUAAAACUCGAUUUCGCAUGAAUUAGGGUUUGAUACAUCAAAUAUGAUAUACAUAGGUAGUUUUUAUAAGUUUCUUAUGAAGAAUGACACAACUUUUACAUUUUUAGAGAUUAAAUAAUAAAAUUAAUGAUUUAGGCAUUCUUUUGGAUUACUAACUAGCGGAUAAAAAGUGAACUAUGCGAAGGUCGCCCUCUAGCUCAAAGGGACGUCAGCUGAGUUCAUUCGGUUCUGCAAGGUGCACUAUAAAUUUUUAGCAAACCGAAAAUGAUUAUAGGUUCAAAAUCGGGAAGUAUUUCCCCUUUUAUAAAAGCCACCAGUCAAACAGUUGCAUCUUCAAUUAAACCACUAAUUCCUCCUUGUGUAGUGAAAUCGGAGAAUGUCACUGUUGUCCCCAAACCAACUAGUGUAUUGAAUUUCAAUUUGAGCAAACUGCUCCCAAAUAGGGAUAUAAAGUUAAAGCAUGGUGUACCAGUCACCACUCAAGUACGUUGGGCUCACACCGACAUGAAAGUGCCCAGCUUUGACGACUACAGAAAGAAAUCAACUCUGGAUCCGACUUCGAAAAAUGCGAAUACAGCUGACGAGAGGAGGAACUUCACAUACUUCCUUAUUGGAGGUGGCUCAGUGCUGGGCGUGUACAGCGCGAAGACAGUGGUGACCGAACUGGUCAGCUACCUGAGCGCCUCUGCCGAUGUCUUGGCCAUGGCCAAGAUCGAAGUCAAGCUCAGCGAGAUCCCCGAGGGCCGAAAUAUGACCUUCAAGUGGAGGGGCAAGCCUCUCUUCAUCAGGCACAGGGCACCGGCCGAGAUCAGCGCCGAGCAAGCAGUAGACGUGGCAACACUGCGCGACCCCCAGCACGACAGCGAGCGCGCCACAAACCCCAAGUGGCUCGUGGUCAUUGGAGUCUGCACUCAUCUUGGAUGUGUGCCCAUCGCCAAUGCUGGUGAAUUCGGCGGCUACUACUGUCCAUGCCACGGUUCGCAUUACGACGCGGCCGGUCGCAUUCGUAAGGGUCCCGCCCCCCUCAACCUCGAAAUUCCCCCCUACGAGUUUGUCGGCGAUCUCCUUGUUGUUGGUUAAGCCAACCCACAUCUAACACACUCAUACAAUAGUAUUUGUUGAUUCAUUAUUUAAUGUUAAUAAACUCCACCUUGUAAAUAA